AUGUCUAUAACAGGGCUUUAUUUGGAGGCAGGAAUCUUAACGCUGAUCGCCAUUGUUGCACUAACAGGGAAUGUCAGUCUAUAUCUUAUCGUCUUCAGAAGUCGUUCUUUACAAAAAAAUUCCAAUUACUUUACGUUAAAUCUGGCAUUGGCUGAUAUACUAGUGUCGUUAGUAAACAUGCCAGUCACUGUGUAUACUAUAAUCCAAAACCAAUGGACGCUGGGGGAAGUCGCCUGCCAAGCCCUUGGUUUUGUAAAUAUUCUAUCUUUCAUAUCAUCAGUACUGUCUUUAGCACUUAUUGCAAUCAACAGACUUUUCUUCGUAGUUUACUGGAAGGACUACAAGCGAUAUUUCAGGCCAAGACGAGUCAAGUUCUAUAUUUUUUUAACCUGGUUAAUUGCACUGUUGUUGUCGAUGCCACCGUUGCUCGGUUGGGCGUCGUUUGGAUACGUCCCUGGCAAGUCYUACUGUUUCGUCAUAUGGCGCGAAAAUGCCUCAUUCGCAUAUUUUAUGGUGUUAGUUUGUUUCUUUGGACCUUUGAUUACGAUGGGUUUUUGCUAUUCGAGGAUUCUUUGGUUUACAAAGAACGCAAAAAGAAAAAUUCAAAAUGAAAUGUCCAAAUCUACUAGAAAUUGUAUAUUUAGGAACGUAUCGCCGGAGGAAUCGAGAAUUACUAACACAUUGCUGAUUGUCCUGGGAGCGUUUAUCGCUUGUUGGCUGCCAUUUGCAAUAACUAUGUUCCUUGAUAUUUACUAUCCCCAUCGGCUACCACGAUGGAUAGAUAUGGGAUCCUUGAUGUUGGGAUACAUCAACAGUUUGUGCAAUCCUAUCAUUUAUUCAGUGAGGAACACGCAGUUCAGAAAAGCAUUUAUGGAGCUUUAUGCUUUAUGUGGAAUAAAGUGGUUCAAAAGAAACCGAGCUGCUGUGGUUGUUUCUAGUGCGAGGCAAGAGACAGAAGAAAGCUCAGUUAAUCGAAGACAGAGUAAAUCGCUGGAAGUGGCAUAA